UAACAUGGAAGCCUGCUUCAGAAGCCCUGUUUUACCGAACCUAGGGAAAUGCCACCUCCUCGCCUUCCUGGCUUCCCUCUCUUCCUCCCUCUUCCCCUCGUAACAAAGAUCGGGGGCCCAGGGUGACUGUUGCAGAAGAAAAUAAUCCCCUUCAACAAUCGCUCGGCUCCAUGGCAACCAGGACGUCAGCGUGAGACGGCAGCUGGAUGCCAUCUGAAUCUCGCUUUCCUUGGGAUCGGAAGCGUUUGAGGUGAGCAGCGAUGGAGCCUGGCACGGGAGACCAGAGGCAGAGCCAGCGCCGGAGGGGAGACGAGAAAGGGAAAGAAGGAAGUACAUGUUUGACUUUCAUUUAACCCUCAGGGGAUUAACCUCCAGAUGUAGAGCAAAGGUGAACGUUGGAACUGCUCUCCAAAAUGAAGUUUGUCCUUGCAACCAAAAUUCUCAAUGGGAAACUUUGCUGAACUUCAGAAUAUGCUUAGAAACAGUCCUCUGAGGGAAAGGCUGAUUAUGCUGCUCUCCCAAGACAUGGACCGCCACGCCGCCCCUCUCCUCAUCCCAACCUCAGGACUCCUGCGACAAAACCACCAUCAAGCAGAAACGUCUAACCCUCUGGGGAGCCCCGAGGCCACCGCCUUGUCCAAGGAACCUGGGUUGGAGAAAAACAGCACAGCUUCGCAGUAUGAGUUGAUGCCUGGAGAAAUCAUUAUCGCCAGCUUGCUCUGGGGCGUGUUAUGGUUGUCCUCUGUCUUCGGAAACUCCCUCGUUUGCCUUGUCAUCUACAGGAGCAGGAGGACCCAAUCAACCACCAAUUAUUUUGUGGUCUCCAUGGCCUGUGCUGACUUGCUGAUUAGUGUUGGGUGCACACCGUUUGUACUGUUCCAGUUAGCAUCCAACAGAUGGACAUUUGGGAGCAUGAUGUGCAAGACAAUAAGGUAUUUUCAGUAUCUCACACCUGGGGUUCAGAUUUAUGUCUUACUUUCCAUCUGCGUUGACAGGUUCUACACGAUCGUCUAUCCACUAAGCUUCAAGGUGACGAGGGAAAAGGCCAAGAAAAUGAUUGCAGCGUCUUGGAUCUUCAAUGCGGCCUUGAUGUCUCCCGCUUUCAUUUGGGGGGGCUUGGGCAGAGACAAUCACUGCAGAUUCUUCCCUCCAUAUUCUUGGGACGGGGCUGUUUACAGUAUCAUUCACGUAUUAGUGGCUUUUCUGAUCCCAUCGGUUCUCAUCAUUCUCUUUUACCAAAAAGUCAUCAAGCACAUUUGGAGGAUCGGCUCCGAGGGCAGAACAGUCCGGAGGACAAUGAACGUUGUUCCCAGGACAAAGGUGAAAACAAUCAAAAUGUUCCUGAUAUUAAAUGCGCUCUUCCUCCUCUCGUGGCUCCCAUUUUAUGUGGUUCAACUUUGGCACCCACUUGAGACAGACCUCAGGAAAAGCGCCUUGGUUUUUUUGACAGUGACUUGGAUAUCGUUUAGUUCUUCGGCCUUGAAGCCUACGCUGUAUUCGGCGUACAACGCCAACUUCAGGAGGGGGAUAAAGGAGACCUUCUGUAUGUCCUCCAUGAAAUGUUAUCGGAGUAACGCAUACACCAUCACAACCAGCUCCAAGAUGGCCAAGAAAAAUUACGUGGGGAUCUCAGAGGUCCCUGCCGGAUCAAAAACUGUUUCCAAAGACACCAUAUAUGAUUCUUUCAACAGAGAAGCAAAGGAGAAAAAACUCGCCUGGCCUAUUAAUUCAAACCCACCAAAUACAUUUGUAUAAUUAAUGCCGGUCCUUUCAAAUGCUGUUAUGCUUAAACAAAUGAGAGAAUGCUGCCACUCCUUUGAGCAGAUUCCAUCUACACGAAGGAUUUCCAUACAAUUUAGCAGGGAGAAUAAAUGCUUUGUUUAAUUGAA